CUGGUACAGCGCCUGCGGCUGCACACACACACACACACACACACGCACAGCCGCCGGCUAUAAAUUAGUUAGGAGCCGGGCAGAGGGUGAGCAGUGCGCGUCUCCCAGCGGGCCGAGGCGGCGGCGGGGACGGCUGCCGCCCCUCCGAGCCGACCGGGUUUCCAACGCCGGGGUGCCAUGGCGUGCGUGGAGCGCUGCCGGUGCUGCGCGGAGAGCCGGCGGCACGGCAGCAUCCUCUACAACAUCCUGAGGAGCGAGGAGCGGGCGGCGUGGCCGGCGGGGCAGGUGCCGAGGCGGGGGCAGGCGUCCGGCGGCUGCCCGUGCGGUUCGCGGCGGCGGGUGGCCCUGAGGAGCCCGCAGGUGGCAUGCAAGGCGGCCUCGGCCGUGCUGGUGAAGACUCUGCGCUUCGUCCAGAACGUGCCUUGCUUCCAAGAGCUGCCCCUGGACGAGCAGCUCCUGCUGGUCCGCAGCUGCUGGGCGCCCCUGCUGGUGCUGGGGCUGGCGCAGGAGCGGGUGCACUUCGAGACGGUGGAGAGCGCCGAGCCCAGCAUGCUGCAGCGGAUCCUCACCACCCGGCGGCAGGGCGAGCAGACCCCGCCGCGGGGACCGGCGCCGGGCCGGCCUCACCACGGCCCCGGCGGCCCCCACCUGCCCUCGGCCGGCGAGAUUCAGGCGAUCAAGGGCUUCCUGGCCAAGUGCUGGAGCCUGGAUAUCAGCACCAAAGAGUACGCUUACCUCAAGGGGACGGUGCUCUUCAACCCGGAUCUACCUGGACUGCAGUGUACACAGUACAUUGAAGGACUGCAGAGGGAAGCACAACAAGCUCUAAAUGAACAUGUCAGACUCAUUCACAGAGGUGAUGAAGCCAGAUUUGCCAAGCUGAAUGUUGUUCUAUGCUUGUUAAGAUCUAUUAAUGCUAAUGUGAUUGCCGAACUAUUCUUUAGGCCCAUCAUUGGAGCAGUGAACAUGGAUGACAUGCUUUUGGAAAUGCUUUGUGCAAAAUUAUAAAGGCAUGUAAAAUAAUGAAAAUAAAUCCAAUGCAAAGGAAGCCCUAGAGCAGAAUAGUGUAAAGUACUGUAAAUAAACUAACUUAUUGUUUUUACAUAGAUAGUAUUUUUGUAUUCCAUAAUAAAAUAUUCUUUGAGUUCUGAAAUUAAUUUUUAUUAAACACAGUGUUUUUGGAAUAAGAUUACAGUCAUCAAAGCAAGCUUUAAGGUUGUGGAGAAUGUUCAUAUCCAAAGUCAACUGGCUGUUCUUUUACCGUGUCUCUGAAUAAAGAUCACACUUA